AUGGCUACAAAUUCAGCAUUCCAUUUCCUCACCAUCUUCAUCUUGAUCUUCAUUUCCAUCAUCACCAUUCAGGUCACUUACGGUGAUGAAGAAUACGAGUUCAUCAAGGCAGUUGAUCCCACAGCAAUAAAGAUGAAGGAAGAAAAGCUAAGCCAUUUCAGGUUCUUCUGGCACGACAUCCUCAGUGGCAAAACACCUACUUCAAUCACGGUGGUGCCGCCACCCAAAAACAAUUCAUUCACUGCUUUUGGCCUGGUGAAUAUGAUCGAUAAUCCGUUAACUCUAGGCCCAGAACUCAGCUCAAAGAUGGUCGGAAGAGCUCAGGGAUUUUAUGCGUCAGCUUCACAAGAAGAGAUUGGUCUGUUGAUGACCAUGAACUUUGCUUUCAUUCAGGGUAAGUAUUAUGGAAGCACUAUCACCGUGGUAGGGAGGAAUCCAGCAUCCAACAUGGUCAGGGAGAUGCCGGUGAUCGGUGGAAGUGGGCUUUUCCGAUAUGCUAGAGGUUAUGCUCUGGCAACAACUUACACCUUUGAUCCCAAGUCUGGUGAUGCUGUUGUUGAAUAUAACGUCUAUGUAAUGCAUUAUUGA